CGGGCCCUUUUGUGCAUUCCUUGCUUGGCACCAUCGCYAUUGUACGUGGUAGUGUUGCCGAACCGCCGGGGUGCCCUUGCACCGCUGCCGGCCCUCAGGCACGGCCCCGGGCCCACUCGAUCGAGUGCAGGAGGCAGUAGCCGCCGUAGCAGGGCCAGUAGAAGAAGAGGAUCGAGCCCAGCUUUGCCCUGGCCUGGGYGGAGUCCGUGGAAAGGGUCGUCAUGUACGCCUUCGCCUUGUACACGUAGAGGGCAAAGAGCGGGUAGGCAAAGAGGGGCCUCGUUUCCGGGGCCGUGUAGAGGCACGCCAGGGUGCUGGCGGUGAACCCGAAAUACCCCUCGUAGCAGAUGGUAAAGAUUUCCCAGAGGACCCGGAAGGACUUGCGGUCCGUGUCCGAGAGAUCGACGACCUCGGUGCCGGCGUCGCCGUCCUCUAGCUUUUCUUUGGCGCCCGGUUCCGUCGAGCUCAGCAGCCACUUGGGACCCUUCCAGACGAUGAGGGGGAAGCUGAUCAGGGUGUUGACGGCAUCGACGGAGAAACAAAAGAGGAGAAGGUAGUCCUUGUUUGCGAUGAGGUAGUCCAGACCGGCGUGGAUGGCGUCGAUCAUUUUGGCCGUUCGGUGUGUUUUGGUCUGCCGCGGUGUGGGAGGCUGGUAAACGGUGUACUUAAUUCACAAUCUUUUUAAUUUGAGACUCGAGACACUCUGUGAAAUUGUUCGACAACAAUACUGUGNCAAUCCCCGUACAAAUACUGAUACAAAUUUUUAGCUCAUUUUUACAGUUAAAACCAGUUAAUAAAGGCAUCCAAUGGAC